AUGAUGAUCGUUCAAGGUUUUGUUCUACUAUUGCUGUUGUCAAUAGUACCUAGUAAUAGUCUUAUAUGUUAUGAAUGUGGAUGUGAUCAGGAUGAUACAACAACAUGUAAUUGUGAUACUACAAGUGAUAUAACUGAUAAUGAUUAUUGUGCUAUCCUGGAACAAAGAUAUGUUGGUACAACAUAUGUUCAAUUAAGUCGAAUCCCUCGCAAUUCAAGUUGGGUUUAUAUUGAAGAUCCUUAUUAUGUUCUUACACAAGAAUCUAUUAGAUAUAAUCUAACAACUAACCAAUGGUAUUUAUGGACAGGUAGUGUUGUAUUUGGAUGUGAUUGGGAUCUUUGUAAUUCUCCCAGUCUUAUCAAUUCAUUGCCUAAUUCAUUCAAGUAUAAUAUUAAUUCAACUUGGCUAAAUUCAAAUAUUUAUGGUACUGGUUCUGUUACUUCUUGUCAUCAUUGUGAUACAGAAGUAUGUGGUGAUGCAACAAAUCCGAGUGAUUUUGAUCAAUGUCAAAUGGUAACUUGUAACACUAAUGUAACAUCGUGUUUAGCCUAUGAUUUAUGGAAUAAUGUUGCUACGGGUGAACAAUGUUAUCAAUCACAAUGUGCACCAGAAUAUUUGAAUGGAGCAAAUGCUGAAAUUUAUGGUGGUAAAUACAGAAUUGAUAUUGAAGCAGUUGUUUAUUUAGCAAAAGAUCGUUCAAAAUAUGAUAUUUGGGAAUUAGAUGUAUAUUGUGCAGUUAAUAAUUGUACUCGCCCAACUAUUUUUCAAGAAGUAUCACAACAACUUACACUUGAAAUUGGUGAUCUAUCGGCAUAUCCACCUAUUCGGCCAUUACCAAUACAAACAACUACACCAAUACCAAAUCCUUUGAGAUGCUACAGCUGUGAUUGUUUUAAUCAGCCAACAUGUCCAUGUUCAUCAACCGUCGUAAGUUCACUUGAUUAUACUUAUUGUGUUAUUGUACGUGAAAAUUUUGGUCAACAAGCUUAUAUUUAUGCAGAUUAUCUUAAACUUGAUGCAACACUUAUGUAUAUUGAAGAAUUUCCAUAUGCACUUGUUGAAGAAUCAAUUGAUUAUAAUGAAAAAACUGGUCUAUGGUUCACUACAACAAAUUUUAUUGUUUAUGGAUGUAAUUGGAAUUUAUGUAACAAACCUGAACUUAUACCACUUUUACCAAAUAGUUAUCAAAUGCGUCUUCCAGAAGCAUGGUUAAAUUCAAGUAUUCUAGGUAGUGGACAACCAGUUAGUAAUUGUCAUCAAUGUCCAGAAGGAGCUCAAUGUGGUACAACUGAUUUUCUUGAGGAAAAUACAUGUCCAAUUCAAUCAUGUAAUACUACUUGUCUUGUUUUAGAUACUUACGAAGAUCCAGAAUAUGAUUAUCUAUGUUAUCAAUCUUUUUGUCUUCCACCUGAUACACAAGAUUAUCAAUUAGAUCGACAUAAAGUAGAAAUUGAAGGUAUUGUUUAUGCCAGUCAACAAAAUGUUGUUCACUUAUGGGAAAUAGAUAUUUAUUGUCGUGCUAAUGACUGUUCACGUCCUAGUAUAUUUAAAGAACUUCGUGAAAACUUAAGUGUAGUACCAGGUACUCUUGCUGCUUUAUUUAAUGAAACAUAUGAUCCAAAUAUUCCACAACGUCGAUGUUAUGAUUGCUAUUGUCAUAAUCAACCUAAUUGUACUUGUGAAAGAACAACAAUUAUGGCCGCAAAUCAAACUUAUUGUAUGAUUAUGCGUGAAAGCUAUGGUCAAGAUGUUUGGACUUCUUUAGGACAUAUUAGUCAAGAUUCAACCCGUGUGCAUAUCCAAGACUUUCCUUAUUUACUCGUCGAAGAAUCAAUCUUAUAUGAUGAACAACUAAAUCGAUGGGAUACAAUAACAAAUUUUGUUGUUUAUGGAUGUAAUUAUGAUUUAUGUAAUCAUCCAAGUCUUAUACCAUCUAUGCCAAAUAGCUUUCAAAUGCGUCUUUCAGAAGCAUGGUUAAAUACAAAUAUUAAAGGUACUGGACAACCAAUUCGUAAUUGUCAUGAAUGUCCUGAUGGACCUCAGUGUGGUCACAGUGAUUAUCUCGAUACAAGUCAUUGUCCUAUUAAGGAAUGUAAUACAACAUGUCUUGUUCUCGAUACAUUUGAUAAACCAAAUGAUGAUUUGCAAUGUUAUCAAUCAUUUUGUGCUCCACCUGAUUCCGAUGAUUUUCAUAUUGAUACACAUCGAGUGGAAAUCGAAGGUUUAAUAUAUCUUAAUAAACAACCACUUAGUGUUGAAUUGUGGGAAGUUGAUAUUUAUUGUCAAGCUGAUGAUUGUUCUCGACCAGAAAUAUUUACUGAACUUAAAUCUGACCUCACUGUCGUAAUAGGUGAUUUAAGUCCUUUUAAUCCGCAAACAUCAACAAGUUCGCAGUCCACAAAUAAUCCACCAACGACCACACAGUCUACAACUAAUCCACCAACGACCACGCAGACUACAAAUAAUCCACCAACGACCACACAGUCUACAACUAAUCCACCAACGACCACGCAGUCUACAACUAAUCCACCAACAACCACACAGUCUACAACUAAUCCAACAACGACCACACAGUCUACAACUAAUCCACCAACGACCACGCAGCCUACAAAUAGUCCACCAACGACCACACAAUCCACAAAUAGUCCGCCAACAACACCAUCAAAAGCAUCACUCCUGACAAGUGCCAGUUUAUUCAUAUCAUUAAUAAUAACAAUUUUUCUAAUGAACUUUCAUUGA